AUGUGUUUGAUGCGGCAUGUCUGGAAAGGAUUAGUAGAUGGAGAAGACAGCUUAAAUGAAAUUUUUGAAGACGUUGUCAGAGAAGAAAUAAACGAGUUCUUGGAUCACAGGGACCAUACCCAAAAAUUGUUCAGGCUUGAUACUUUCAACAGGUUCUUGAGUCAAAACAAGAAAAAAUAUCUGAUUUCAAAUUUUUACAUUGAAAACAUUCCAAAAGUCAUCAAUGGCAUCCAAAUGGAGAGCAAGUUUGGCACUGACAAAUGGCUUGGCAUACCAUUGCUUUUUGAACGUCAGCGAUGCAAAAUACUUAAAAAUAUGCACGACUUCUAUCACGAAGCUCUCGUUGAACGGUUUUGCAAAAUAAAUUUUUCCAAAUGUGAUAAUUCCAUAAAUUCGGUCACGGAGAGAAAUUGUUCUUAA